AUUCAUGGCACCUUAGAAAACAUUUACAUCGGCGAAAUCCACAAAUAAUAUGUUUUUCUUACUUUGUCUUUGCAUUUUUUCUUCUUGUUUUGAAUGAUUAGGUGACGUCACCACCGUACGUUGUCAUCAAGCUUCACAUUUCUUGCCUUCAUAGAUUCAAAAAUAUAUUUCGCUAAGCGCCGAUUCACGUUUUCAUUCCGGCUCAAUCCCAUAAUCCUAACGAAAUUAUUUUCUUUGUUGGCAUGGUGUCUAACAUUGAUACCUGCAUGCGUUUUAAGGAAUUCCAGUAGAUUAUCCCGAUCAUUUUUAUAGGCCGGACAUUCUAACAGAAAAUGUUCUUCAUCCUCCACUUUACCUGUCCGGCAUACUAAGCAUUUUCUUUCGUUAGGUUUUUUAUAUGGCUUUUCAUGGAAACCUUUCCCCCCCCCCCCAACCACCCUUCCCCCCGUUAAAAUAUCUCGCAGAGCUGUAGCAGGCCUAGAAUUAUGAGGGGAGGGGUAGGGGACGGGGCACAGCCAUGCCGCUACUGGUCGCUCCAUGCAGGGGGCCCACAGAGCCCCACCCCUGUUACGGCGCCAUCUCGCCGAUGUUGUCCGUUUCGUAGUCGCUCUUAUCGACGAAGUAAUCGAGUGACGAAGAAAGCAGAUAACAGCGCAAAGGAUACGCAAUUCCUUACUGAUCUUUUUAGGCCCUUAUUUCGGUAUCCAAUUCAGUCUUCAUUUCCCUUUGCCAGUGAAAAGCCGAUUUUAUCAGUUAUUAGGCUCCAGUGUACAGAUAUCGAAGUGAUGUUAUUGACGUUUGAGGCGGCGUUAUUACCAUAGUGCUGAUAAUAUAAUCACUUGGUUCGAUUUUUUUUUAUUAAAAGAAAGAUGAAAAACGUUGGAAAUGUUUUGUUUAAGAUGUCUAUCUCAAUAUGAUAGGAAUUAAUCACAGUGCGGAAAAAAUAACGAUUUCAGCUCAUAACUCUUAAACAGUUAUCAUCAUUUCAACAAGCGGUUGACAUACGCAAACCAACCGCAAGUUUUGUCUUCUAAGUAAACUGAAACUUAAUGGUGAGUAUGUUUGUUCAGUCGUACAAACAAUAUGGGCACCGGAACAACCAGAAAAGCAAGCAAGACCUGCUUCACAUGUCGCCAAAGAGUCAGAGCACUCAGAAAUAAUCGAAAAGUGAUGGAAACCUGAUUGAGCGCCAAACCACAGCACUUUUGUAUUGGAUGUGUUUUCCCAAGUGCACUUAAACACCUGCUCUCUUAAGGCUGAAUUAGACAGCACGAUAUAGUCGUAUGUGACCUUCCUAGGAAAUGUAUUAGCCCUGAAUUACACACUGUAACUUUCGUAGUCUAGCAUCGUAGCGGAGUCGUCAAAAGAGUUGUAUGCUGGUUUACACUCUACGACUCGAAUUUUAGAGAUAAUGAAUAUAACUAGAUCGUUCUGUCUUAAUCAGUGUUCGGACAAAUUGUUUCAGAACCACACAAUAGGAUCCCGUUAACAUCCGAUUUCGUAGUAUCGUUACAGCCCAGAAUUAAAGAUCCUUGUCUGGAAAUAACGCGUAGUCAAUCAGCCAUCUAAACCAAUCGACGACUUUAAUCUCUUCACUGUCGCGCCAUAAACCAUUCGGCUACACAGCGCAAAGAAAUUGAUUGGUCAAGGCGCUAUGAUUGACUCCACCCUAAUCCCAAACAUGCCGUGAGAUUCGGUAAAUUUGGCGGCAACGACCAGCCACACACACCAUUCUCAACACAGCAAGCCUUCUCGCAGUUUAUUAUCUAUAGGAAGCCAACAAGAGAAUCAAAUUGAACCAAAAGGCAAGAACAGAAAAAUAUUUUUUGGGGAGAUGCUGCAACCUGUAUAUGAAAAAUGCUAAUGAAAAAGAUUCAGGUCGAGGAUUGAAGAAUUGAGAGUAAGCAGUUGUCAUCAACUAUCGAAGUUUGCAGUUUAAAGUAGAAAGUCGCCCAGAGAUGAACAACUCAACAGAUGCCAACAUCAUUGUCACCAACGAGCAGACGUUUCGUUCGGCGCUUUAUAUCAUCUUUCUCGUCUGGGGGACGACUGGAGGCUUCAUUGUAAUAAGCGCUUUGUACGCCAAGCGAUCUCGUAAAAGCGACAACGACAUCUUCCUGAUAAACCUCACUUGCUCCGACGUCUUGACGAUCUGGUUCUACGUCGGGGUGCAGUUUUAUAUCAUGUCGAGUAGAACAAAAGGAAUCUUCUUUUGUCGGUACAUCUGGCCUUUUAUGAGUGUCCCUCUAAGUGUAUCUAUCUUUACGACUUCGUCGAUGGCUGUCGUACGAAGUCGAAGCGUCGUCUACGCCUGGAAGCAAAGUCUAAGUCGAAAGUCGGCAGUCUGCUGGGUCUUAGUUCUCUGGAUUACAGCGAUUGUUGUGAUCAUCCCAGCGGCUACGGUCUCAAAAUCGGCCCUCGUGUACUGCAAACUACAUUGGUCUAACCCAAGGCAUAGGAAAGUCUACACCGGGUUCCUAUUCGCCGUCCAGUAUGCCAUUCCGUUAAUUAUCGUCACCUGUGCUUAUGUCGCUAUUGGUAUCAACUUAAGAAAAUACGAAAGGAACGUCGUGCGAAGGAACGUACGGAAAGAGAACUUUGAGAUCAUCAAGGCUCUAGCAAUUGUCGUAAUACUAUUUGGCAUUCUUAUGCUUCCGUUACAAGUAGGUUGGAUGCUGUGGGAGUUUGGUUCACCAACAUGGAGGCGUGCCUUACUUCAUGCCAUGAACUACGCUGACGUAAUAUGCAUUCUUCACAGUUGUCUAAACCCAUGCAUCUAUGGGAUACUGCCAAAGCAAUUCCGGCUACAGUAUCGUAAAUGGUCAGCGGAAUUAUUCAGAAGCAGGAGCUUGCGUCAGAGCAUGCGCCGUGAAAAUACCGCUGGACACGAUUGUGCUCAAAUAUUACAAGACAAAGGAAGGGGAGAGAACGGACUCUACCAAGGCUUGAACGGCCCACAGGAAACCAUGGCAACGGCUUUGAAUAUUGAUACCAAUGUUUGUGAGACCGCGACUUGACGUUGAGCGCGUGGGGAAGAGGGAGGAGGGGGGACUGGAUCCGACUUCUGAACAUUGUUUAUCUGAUUUUAUUUUGAAUCUUAUUAUUUAAAAAAACUACCAUUAAUAAAUAUAUAAGCUGUAGUUCGCUACUUAAUUGAUUUUUUUCUUUUCUUUUUUGGCGGCAGUUUAAGAUUACUCGAAUAAGUUUGAGUAAGAGUUGUUGUUAGUAACACUAUCCUUUACUUUUAUUGUUAUCAAAGUCCGGACAGUUGACAUACGUAAACACAUAAUAAAUUGAACAUACUCCUAAAAA